AUGGAACCACUGCGCCCUCGCUACGACCUCGCCCGGCCCAUCGCUGUUCCUGCCCCUAGUCAUGCAGGCUGUACCUUCUGCAAUUCCUACUCUGACGCCCCCACUCAACUCGCUCCUCUCUCGCCGCCACCGGAACCGACACUCACCACUCUAACGCCCCUCGCGCCAGUCCACGACCAUCUCCUCGCCCUCCUCCUCCAGCGGGAAUACCUCGGCCCGAGCACGACCAUGUCCCUCGCACCAGUGAUCUUUGAUCAUGCAAAGUACAAUCUUUAUCGUCGCGUCCGGAUGACUGAGGGGCUGUUGGUAGGCUUGGAGAAGAGGAAGAGUAGGAAGCGAAAGUUGGAUUGUCUCGAGUGUGUUCGAGAGCUCGAGAUCGACACGAUGGAAGGCAUGUGGGCGCUCACAAACCUCUAUUCUCCCAAACGUUCCCACUCUCCGUACCACUGCUCGACACUAUGCCCAAUGUGCACACAGUGUACAUUCAUUGCCUCGUCUUGUCUGGUGAAUAUAUUCUGGAAAGACGAGUUGACAGAGGGGGUAAUGAAGCAGCUGGGCGGGGGUGCGCAGGUCACUUUUUACGGAGCGAAUCAUGUUGAUGAUGAGGGGAGGGCGGUUCGGAGGCGUAAGACGUUUGCUCUGCCCGGGCGACUCUUGAAAGCUGAAGGCGGUGCAGAGCUCAGAUAUCAACGCCGAAAGAAGAUUGCGAUGCUCAUGUUCACUUUCACGUUGAUUAUCUGUGGGAUCAUAGUGAUUGCUCCCUGGGGGGCUGUGGGGCAUGUGGAAAAUGGCGCAUAA